CUGAAAACCUAGCGGGUCGAGGGUGUUUGCAUUCACGGUCAUGGCCACAUAACCUGGCCGUACUUAAAGGCGAUGUUCACUCAUUUACUAAAAGUUUCUCCUAAAAGAGAACAAACAGCCAAAUUAUCUUGCACUAUUUUUACAGAUUUGACCGUAACAAAAAACUAAUGGUUUACUAUUACAGUCACAGUUUAACCGCAGGUUUAUCAUGUUCAAUGACUCGAAAUUGGCGGGUCAUCAAUCUUUCGAAUAUAAAUAAAGAUGGCGACGCCCCAAAACUGAGCAAGAUAUCGUGCGCUCUGAGUUGACCUGACAAAAUGUCGAACUCAUCGCCGGAUAUUAGCCCUUCCCAGCGCGUCGUGGCUUCCAGUUCCGGAGCAGUGGCUACAGCAAUAUUCAUGACACCACUCGACGUCGUAAAGGUUCGUCUACAGAGCCAACAGAAAACAUCCAUCCGUUACCGCUGUUCACCUGCAUGUAAUCAACUGCUCAUGAGUUGCGUUUGCCCUGGAACUGAAACAGAAACUCAUCGACCAUACUGGGUUCACUCGUUACAACAACAGCCUUGCCAUCAUCAUCAUCACAGUGCUGGUCAGCUCUACCAGACGCCAUUUAAAGGAACGGCAGAUGCAUUGCUUGGAAUAGCUAGACGUGAAGGUCUAGGCGCUUUGUGGUCCGGGCUUCCACCAACGUUAGUCAUGGCGGUGCCUGCGACCGUGAUAUACUUUUCCACUUACGAUACCGUCAAAAAAACUUUCAUCCACAACCAGACAUUUCAGUCAACAAUUGGAGUGGCAAUUAGCUCAGGUGCAGUGGCACGUGUUGUUACUGCAUCGUGUGUAUCCCCACUUGAACUAUUUCGAACUAAGUUACAGUCGCAAAAGAUGACCUACGCCCAGUUGAUUCGUGCAGUUCAAGAAAUGGUGGCUGCAAGAGGCAUUGGUUCUCUUUAUCUUGGGCUGUCAUCGACGCUGUUGCGUGACGUACCAUUCAGCUGCAUUUACUGGGCAUCCUACGAAUCUUUCAAGAAGAGUUUCGUUCCGAAGGAUGAAAACCCGCAAUUGCGUUUUUGUUUAGGCGCUGGCGCCAUUUCAGGAACAGCUGCAGCAGUCGUUACAUUGCCGUUUGAUGUUGUCAAAACAUACAGGCAAAUCGAACUUGGUGGACAGAUGUCUCGGCCACCAGAAUCAGGACUCCAUGGGGCCGGUCCUUUUGCGAUGUUGGCUGAUAUUUACCGAAAGCAGGGCACACGUGGCCUCUUUGCGGGUCUUGUACCUCGUAUCGUAAAGACAGCUCCUGCAUGUGCCAUUAUGAUAAGCACAUAUGAAAUGUUUAAGAACUUUUUCCUCUCUUAGGCUUUGCAGCAGAAGUGAAAAAUGCUAUGCGAUAUAUGUGAUUAGCUAAUACCUAAUAAACUGGUGAUAAGUAAUAGUAAGCUCACUAAACCAUUCUUAAAGACUGUAGUUUUUGCGUAGGCUACGCAAAAAGACAAAGGUGAUACCAGUCAUUUGCUUGGCCUGAAACGUAACCUCUCUGAGAACGCGAUUUUUGUGUAUCAGAGCAGGAACAAGUAUGUAAAAUAUUAGUAACCAUCGAGAUUUGGACAGUCACUGCUUUAACUAGCUUUUUUUUUUUAAAUACAUCGUCUUAUUUCUGUGUUUCGUACAAAAUAAAAAAUGAUAAUUUCAU